AUGGUCGGCACAGGCGGCGCCCGCCAGAACGCCGUGCGCGCCGCGCAGCGGCCGCCUGUGGUCGUCGUGCCGGUGCCGGACGUGGCGCGGUCACCAGUGGCGGCGGCGGAGGUCGAGUCCGAGCCACCGCAGCUGUUCGCGUGCCACUACUGCCGGCGACAGUUCUACAGCUCGCAGGCGCUCGGCGGGCACCAGAACGCGCACAAGCGCGAGCGCACGCUCGCCAGGCCCCGCGGCGACGCGGCGCCAGCGCCACUCGGGCUCGGCCACGACCACAUGCACGCCGCCCAUGGCGGCGGCGGGGCGCCGUUCGCCGUCGUCCACGGCGCCUUCGCGCAGGCUGCGCCGGCGCUGGAGUGGAAUAAUGACGCACGGAGCGGCCAGGCUCCCCUGGUAGUGGUGGUGGCGGCCGCCGGCGAGCGGCUGUUCACUGGUGGUGGAUACGUCGUUGACAGCCCCGGGGUUGGAGUUGGACAAGACGAGCUGCCUAAGCUUGAUUUGACUCUGAAGCUGUGA